UUUGUAUCGGAUCGGGGGGAGUCCCGGUGGCUGCGCGGGCGCAGUGUAACAAUCGGUGUAGCAACCCGGGGCCGUCGCCACUCCCACAGCCCCCACCCCGACCCAGCAGAGUGCCUGCUCCCUCCCUCCUUCGCUCCAAGGCGGGGGAGCUCUGUGUCCGCCGGAGAAGCAGCAACAGCAACAGCAAGGAACUCCGUUGAAUUCCACCGCCAUCACCACCGUCUCUGCCUUUCUCAUUCCCCCUCCCUACGAAAGAUGGACAACAAGCCGCUACUCCAAGACAGGCCGCCCGCCUACGUACCCAGCUCCACGGGAUACGUGUACGGUCAGACCUACGGUACCAUCCCACCGCCCGGAUACCAACAGCAACCUCCUCCCUACCCGUAUCCAGCCUCGGGGUAUGUGCCUCCCGUGUCGGUAAGUGUUCAGCCUGGGACUAACUACUCGAGCACCUACACCAUCAUCCAGCAACCCACUGCAGCUUCUGUUGUGGUCGUGGGUGGGUGCCCUGCCUGCAGAGUUGGCGUUCUGGAAGAUGAUUUCACUUGCCUUGGCGUGCUGUGUGCAAUAUUGUUCUUCCCCAUUGGGAUCCUGUUCUGCUUAGCACUGCGACAGCGGAGGUGCCCGAAUUGUGGGGCUAGUUUUGGUUGAAGGAUGGGUGAACAGGCGAGCUGUGGCCAAAUUUUUUUAAUUGUAAAUUCUCCCCAAUUGUGUAUAAAUUGCCAUGAAUGAAUGGUCUUCAUUCUGUACUAUUUAGUUUGAUAGAAAUUGACGUGAUCUUUCAUGCAGCAUGACAAUUGAAAUGUCUGAAUAACUACAAAAGUAAUUUUUGGUUUUGAAUGUUAAAAUUUAAGGGCACAACAAAACUGGCUCUGCACUUGACUGGUUCCAUGUUUGCAACUGAAAAUGCUACAAUUAAAUUUGCAUCCUUGUAUUACUGAUUUUUAUUGAGCAGCUACUUGUCAAAUAAUUAAAAUAUCUUGCCACUGA